CGGCUCGGCCAGGCCCGCUGAGGCCGCACCAGAUUGUCGCAUAUCGCGGUCGGCCGGGACGCUUGGUCGAUGUGGAUGACAAACAGGCGGGUACCGGGUCGCCCCCGGCGCCGGCUGAGGCAGUGGGGCAGCCCGGCCGGGACGCCCCGCCCCCUCCCAGUGACGUCAUGGCGAGUGGAGCGCGUGCGCCGGCGGCGCCGGGCCGGGAGUUUAACUCGGGCCGGCCGGCUAGCACCGCGCGCCGUCCCGCGCUCCAGUUUUGUUUGUCCUCUGUUACGGUUCUGUUCCGGUUUAUUUGGCUCUUCACCAUGGCUGCGUUGAGUUUUCUUCUGCUGCUGCUUGGAUUACAAGCCACAGUGACAUUCGCUCAACAGGAUUACUACGGAGCCUACAUCGGUCGGUUCAAAAACUACGCCCACGGUAUCGCGGGCACAGUGUAUGCAGCCAGUGAGGACACUAUCUUCAUCAAGGACUUCAGCUACGAUGGCCAGGGUCCAGAUGCCUUCUUCUGGAUCGGUUACGAGACGCCGCAGCCGAGUCCUCAGGGUAUUCUGCUGCCCUACCCGGACGACAGAAGCCGGGGGCCGGACAAGGUGCUGCAGCGCUACAGCGGCGCCGACAUCGUGCUGCGCCUGCCGGCCGGCCUCAAGGUCCAGGAGAUGAAGUGGCUCUCCAUCUGGUGUCGUCGCUUCACGGUGAACUUUGGUGACGUGUUCAUCCCCGAGCGCCUCGUACCACCGAGGAAGGUGCAGUUGGGCAAGUUCUCCACGCUGGCGCACGGCGUGAGCUCUGGCAACAUCGUGAUCCUGAACACGAAGACAUUCUACAUCCCCAACUUCCACUACGACGGCGGCGGCCCGGACGCUUUCUUCUGGGUGGGCAACGGCUCGCUGCCCUCGCCCAACGGUGUCAAGGUCCCGGACGAGACCGGCAGUGACGACGUACUGGGCGGAUACCGCGGGAAGGACAUCGAGAUCACGCUGCCGGGCUCUCUGACCGUGUACGACAUCGACUGGCUGUCUGUGUGGUGUGUCCAGUACCGUCACAACUUCGGCUGGGUGGCCAUCCCGCCGAACUUGGACAAUAUUCCGCCCUACCUGGAACUGUCGCGACGUCAGGACCAGGCUCAGCGGGUCCCGUCGGGCGGCGGCGUGGCCUCCCAGCUCACCAACUGUCGUACGCUGGUGGACAACAAGCUGCGCGUCUCCUGGGGAUCGGACAGCCACCAUAUCUACGUGGAACUGUCUGCUGAGAUAUCCGAGGACGACUGGAUGGGCUUCGGCCUCAGCGGCGACCAGUCCAGGCCUCUGAUGAAGGGUGCUGACGUCGUGGUGGCCUUCUACGACGCUGAGGAGGGUACCUACCGCGCUCAGGACUACAUUAUCACCGAGAAGGCCCAGUGCAGUCGCGGCCAGGGUGUCUGUGUCGACGAGGAGAUCGGUGGCAGGAAUGACGCUCAGGUCAUCUCGGGAAAACGCCAGAACGGCGUAACGACGGUCACAUUCAAACGUCCCAUCAUCACAGGUGACAACCGUGCCGACCGCCCCUAUAUCAUCAACGGGGGAGUACAGGUGAUCGCUGCCAUUGGACCGCUCAACUCACGUAAACAGGCCAACUACCACUCGCGCGGCUGGGGCGCAGGUGUCAUCGACUUCGGCGCCAUCAACGAUGACCGCUGCGCCGACCGGAGCGUAACACCCGUGGUCGAAGUCAUCAACAGCCAGCCGUGGCCACGCCGAACCAUCAGCGGCACCAACCAGUUCGAGGCCAAGAUCGGGCCGACGGGCGGCAAGCGCGGCUACCAGGCCGUCACCGACAUCGCCUCCUGGGGCAUCGCCUGGUGGAUCAACGGCCAGCUGAUUCCCGAGCUCUAUGUGCGCCGUGGCGAGACGUACACGUUUAUCGUGGAGGGAGGAAACGACCCCAGCAACCCGGCCGAGUACCACCCGCUGUACAUCACUGACGACAAGGAGGGCGGGUUCGCCAACAAGGAUGCCGUUGGCAGGAGGCAGGAGCGCGUGUUUGCAGGAGUGAACGCGGGCGCCAUCGGAGGAGCCAUACCCACCGCCGCGGGCCGCGCGUGCAACUACAAGCCCCGUUCAGGUAUCGAUAUGGCGGACAAGGUGGCCACCUUUGAGGAGUACGCCCAGACCCUGGAGGUGAAGUGCCAGCCCGGCCAGCCCGCCCGGCUGGUGUGGACCGUGCAGGCCGACACUCCGGAAACCGUCUAUUAUCAGUGCUACACGCACCGUAACCUGGGCUGGAAGAUCCACGUGCUCGACCCUGAGGAGUCGCUUCAGGAGCGUCAGCAGGAUGACAACAAUGACGCGGCCACCGCGCGGCCCGUGCUCGUCUCGCUGCUGGCGGCGGCGCUGGCCGCUCUCCUGGCCGGGUGGUGAUGGAACUGGGAGCGACAACCGACCCGCCGGCUCUGUGGUGACGUCACUGGUGGACAGCCAUAGUGUGGUAUGACGUCACUGGUGGACAGAGAUGGCUGUGUGACGUAAUCGGAGGACAAGGACAGCACGGUACAGGUGUGGACAGAAGGGUUUGUGAUGUGCCACCAGACUGGGGUGAUUAGAAACUGUGGUACGAGGUGAGGGAAGCGAUAGGGUCAACAGUCACUGCGAUGGCGUGGUGUGAACUGUGCUCUAAACACGCUGGACUGUGGCGCGUUCAGUAGGGCAAGGCUUCAUCAGAACGGAGAGAGUUUCCAUCUGGACCACUGGUGACACCGCACAGGACAGGAGAGGACGGGAGAGCUGCCGGUGUCACCUCGGCAUCCUGUCAUCAGUCGACGUAACUCUGUGACGUCACGAUUACGUCAUCGGAGACCGAAGGACUGGAGACAUCCCGAAGAACAAUCACGUGGUAUUUAUACAAUGUGGCUUGCUCUGUGGUAUGACAAGCGAGCGAUGAACCCGCGAAUGUAUGCGUGUGUUUGUGCGAUUUUUGCAACAGUCUCGUCGAUCACGUCGUAAAUGUGAAAGCAGGUCUCUUGGCUUGCAUAUGGUCACAGUCUCGUCGAAUCCACGUGCUUUUAUGACGCAGUUUAGAGUAUAUGAGCGCUGGUUGCGCAAAUAGGUCGUUCGGGUAUGAGUGAACCAUGCCCCAUUGGGGGUAUGUCUGUCGUUACCGACUCGUCGAAUUCAUGUGCUUUUAUGAUGUAAACGGAUAGGUCGUGACGUGCUUUUAACGCGUGUAUUUUGGCUUGUAUGGCCAACUGCGGGCUCAUCCAACUCGUCGAAAAAGCCGUGAUUGUAUAGCAGUUAAUCAACUGAACACGUCAAAUCGCUACUCCAGCCUCGUCUGUGUGCUGGGUUCUGCAUUCAGUGAACGUUCCAACUCGUCGAAUACCUGUGCUUUUACUACGCUACAUCACAGUGGUGGUGACUGUUAAAACUGGCCCGCAGGACCUGGCCGGGAUCAGAAGCUCGUCGAACUAUUGUGCUCUUACGUGGCUCGUAGCUCGCAGUGCGCCGUAUAAAUAUUCCGAUGAACGCUAGAGAUAUGUGCGUCCCAAGCGCCGCCGUAGCGAUCAGCCAGUCUCGUCGAAAUGAAUGUGCUUUAAUUGAUCGCUCGUCUUGGAACAGUGCGCGCAUUCUCGAGCAGUGUACAUAUCGGCGCUGGGGUUUUCGAGUCGUAUUUAUUAUUGCCGAGCGACUGACUGCCCGAGCGUGUUGACUGCUAGAUAGUAUGGUCGAAACGCGUCUGAUUCACUGUGCCACGGUAGCGUACGGCAGAUGCUGCGUUUUGACCACGGUCUUCAUUUCAGCCAAUCACCGCAGAGUCGCCGGCCGCAGUCUGAAAGGUUCGGUGCGAGACCCGCUUCAGUUCGCUUCUCACCACACUGGGCAAGUGUCGCCCGGGUCCAGACAAGGCCGUGUGAUCUUAUAAAGGCCGGAUGACAACGGUCAGGUCAUACGACCUGGUCAAGUCCAUACCCUGACAAAGGUCAUCAGGUCCGGCAAAGGUCAGACCUGGCAAAGGUCCGAUGACCCGGCUCUAGCCCGUGGCUGGUAGCUGCCCGGCUGUCGCACGGUUCGUCCCCUGGUUGGUCGCGGUUUUCAGAGGACAAGUGCGUCGGCGUCAUGCCAGGGAGAUGCUGCAUCGUAACCAAACCCAUAUCCUUACGCUCACGUGCGUCAAAACUAGUUGUUCUUGUCCGGGGCUGCCCAUUUCAACCAUAUCUGAUCGAGAAUGCGGCGUGGACACGAGUUUUGCGGUUACGGCACCCUCGCUCGUCGACGUGUUUAAUUCGAUCAUUUUGUACCAAAAUAAAUAUUGAUUGUAUCUAAA